AAAUAUUUGUUGAUCCGGAUUAUGAACUGGCUACCAAAGAACUUCAGCAAACACUAGAUACAUUACAUAUUCAAAAAAAUAUGGAGAUACAUCAACAAUUUAGUGAUGAAGAUUUCAUUCAAGCUGCUACAGAAAUAGAACACAUAGAAAAUGAAGUUACUAUACAACCUUUAACCGGAAAAGAGCAGUUAGAUAUUUUGUGCGGGGUUUUGAGAAUUGUUGAUGAGAAAAUUGAUAAUUGUGGUGUAACUAUGAGGUCUUUAUGCAAGCUUCAAAUGUGCAUUCGUGAGGAGGUCCGAAAGGAAGAAGCUGAAAACCAG